AACGUUGCAAAGGGGAAUCGUCAUAGCACUGGCUUAUAUUUUUCGGAGUAGGUCGGUUUAUUCUGCUCAGUCUGUGUGAAAGAGAAGGGCAGCGGGUCGCAGAGGGAGACCUUGUCCUACUCGCUCCCGCCGCCGCUGUCACCGCACAUCAGGAUGGCGGGCGCUGCAACUGCGGGCUUCCGGGCCUCUUAUCAUCGCUUCUUGGACCGGAUCGAGCUUUUAUUGCCGCCCCGGCUGCGCCCUUUGUACAACCACCCAGCAGGUCCCAAAACAGUGUUUUUCUGGGCACCAGUUAUGAAAUGGGGUCUGGUAUGUGCUGGAAUGGCUGAUAUGGCCAGGCCAGCAGAAAAGCUCAGCACGUCACAGUCUGCUGUGCUUAUGGCUACUGGCCUUAUUUGGUCAAGAUAUUCUCUAGUUAUCAUUCCUAAAAAUUGGGGUCUCUUUACGGUUAACUUCUUUGUUGGGUGUGCUGGUGGCUCUCAGCUCUACCGUAUAUGGAGGUAUAACCAACAGCUAAAGGCUGAUGAAUUGGCAAAGCAGCAGUAGAAAUUCCAGUUGUUCUCAUAAACCUGUUCACAAGAGAGCUAGUCUUGAUCAUGUUGUUGCUCAGUGUGAAUUUUUACUAAAAUGAACAGAGCAUGUUUUUCUAUAAACUUGGAAAGCACUCUCUUUUAAGUUUCAAGUCUUCAAUUAAAAAAGUAAAAUAGAUCUUUUUAACAAUACAUUAUGCCCAAUAUGUUACACUUAUUGUGAGUAGAACUAAGAUUACUGUCUCAUUCUACUGUUGCAAUUCAGUUGUAUCAAAUGGCCCCCAAGCAACAACUGAAGUAGCAAGUUGGACUUCUAAUGUGGGUUUUGCAUUUUUUUAAAAAAUCUAGACGCCCAUGGAACAUGGCACUCAUUUUUUUCAACUGUGAAUAUAUGUAGAAGGUUCUGAAAAUUCUACUUUGAAAUAUUGGUUUAAUUGUGCCUUCAAAAAUUAAGAGUCACCCUUUUUCAGAAUCUAAUAAUGUUAAAUAAAACAGAAAUUGUAAGAAAUCUGGCCUAGACAAUAAAAACUUAUGUUGUGGGGUGCUGGAAUAAAAUAUUGCUUGUGUA